AUGGAGUCCCCCCAAGAGCUUCUGCUCCUUACUUUGGAGAGGGGAAUCUUCUUUCUCUGGAUUGUCUUCUGUUCUACCUGUUGUCUGGAUUUCACCCAGGGAGUUCCUGAAGAUGUGGAUGUCCUCCAACGGCUGGGCCUUGGCAGGAAGCCAAAGGCAGGUGGGAGUCCCUCGGUGUCCCACCCCGUCCCCCAGGGGGUCAUCCCGUUCCAAUCAGGGGUCAUCUUCACCCAGCGGGCCCGGGUGGAUGCCCCCACUGGCACGGUCAUUCCUGCUGCUUUCGGCACCAACCUGGCCCUGGUCCUGAGCCUCCGCUCCCACCGUGUCAACAAUGCCUUCCUGUUCGCCAUCAAGAGUGGGAGAAAGAAGCUGCAGCUGGGAGUCCAGUUCAUCCCCGGCCAGAUCGCCGUCUACGUGGGCCAGCGGCGCUCUGUGCACUUUGACUACGACAUCCACGAUGGCCAGUGGCAUCACCUGGCCAUUGAUAUCCGGGGCCGAGCGGUCACCUUAUUUACUUCUUGUGGAAAGCGCCGAGUACAUGCGGAUCUGCAUUUUAAAAAAGAUGCGGCACUAGACCCCGAGGGGUCGUUCCUCCUCGGGAAAAUGAACAAGCACUCGACCCCAUUCGAGGGCGCCGUGUGCCAGUUUGAUAUCUAUCCCUCUGCCCAGGCAGCUCAUAAUUACUGUAAAUACCUGAAACAACAGUGCCGGCAGGCAGACACCUACAGGCCCCAUCUGCCCUUACUCGAGCCCCUCUUUCCCAGAGAUUCCAGCGCGGCAGCGCGGCCGGGACUUCAGACCAACCUCUGGCUGCCGAGUCUGAGGAAUCUGACCACUGUGACGUCGAGGCCGCCCAUUGCCCACGCUGGCCUUACCCACCCCCGGCCGACCCCCGGACCCUCCUGGGGCACGGCAGUCCCCGUGCCUGUGGGACAGCUGCCUCCCCGCCGGCCCUCGCGGAUGACCACGACAGCCCCCCGGCUCCGGGCAGGCACCAGCGUGGCCCGAACGCGAGCCCCUUCCACCAGGCCGGGGACCACUCGGGCUGGCUUGGGGAGAGCUGCCCCUCCCACUUCCAGGCCGGCUCUGCGGGCAACCGAUGCCAAGUCGAGCAAGACUCCUGUUCCAGCCAACAAGCCCCCAAGGCCCGGACAGGCUCGCAGCUCAGCCAAACCCCCUGCUGCCCUGCUCAGAGUGGCACCACCCCCUUCCGGCGCCACCUCAGCUCAGGCGGCCCCCUCUGGGCCUCAGCCAGCCCGGGCCCCCCACCCCGCCACCAAGUCCAUCGCCACCUCUGCCAGGAGCACCUCCAAACCCGUCCCAGUCCCCACUGCCCCCCUCCCUGGGAAGCCAGCACCCGCAACUUCCCAUGCUGGCCCACCCAGGGCCCCCCUAACGCCCAGGCCUCCAAGCUCCCCAGUAACCCACCUCCCUUCCCCCACUGCCAGGACAGCACCCCCAGCCCCCAGCACGCGCUCCACCCAGACAGUCCCACCCACUCUCAGGACAACAGCAGGAGGCCCCCGGGCAGGUCCCGGGAAAACACCUCUUCCCACCACCCUGCUAGCCCUACCUGGCUCAGCCAAAACGCCCCCUCCUGCUGCCAAGCCAUCAUCCCCUGCCUCCCCUGCUGGCUUGGCCAGCCUCCUCCGCCCCACUGUCAGACCCGUGCUCCCUACCUCUGCACCCCAAACUCUCCUGAACCCUCGUCCUACCCCCCACCGGGGGCUGCCUGCCCACCGGGGCCCCACCAGCUCCAAGAAGGCGACAGGGCAGCAGGCUGCAAAGAAAGCCCACCCAGAGACGACCCCCAAACCACUCCCUCCCACCAAGCCACGGCGGAAGAAGACCCCAGCAGACGCCCCAGGUGACCUCCGUCUCACCCCGCUGCUGCAGAGCUUGGCCAACAUAACGGGUCGAGCCGGGCCCAAGCCAUCCCUGCCUAGUAGGAGAGCCGCAACACCCUCCACAGCCCACCCCACCUCCAGCCCCCCACGCUCAUUCCCCAGGACCAGAGGGCUGGACCUCAGAGGGGCCACCCCUGACCCGGCCAGCGACUACCUGCUCUUUGAUCCCAUCGGGCCGACUCUCUUCCCGUUCUUGCUGGGACCCCCGGGCCAGAAGGGAGACUCUGGAGCUGUGGGCCCCCCUGGACUUCCUGGGCUGCCUGGACCACCGGGAAAGAGAGGCCCCCGGGGUUCUCCUGGCCCUCACGGAAACCCUGGUCGUCCUGGCCCCCCUGGUGCUAAAGGCCACAAAGGGGAUCCUGGAAGGUCACCUGGAAAGGCCUACAAUGGGGAAAAGGGAAAUGCAGGCUUACCUGGAUUGACGGGACAGCUGGGAUCAGUUGGUCGGAAGGGGCAGAAGGGCUACCCGGGACCACCAGGGCAUCCUGGAGACCAGGGGGAGCCAGGACCCGCGGGAAGUCCGGGUGCCAAAGGUUAUCCUGGCAGGCAGGGAUUACCUGGAGCCAUAGGAGACCCAGGCCCCAAAGGCAGCCGGGGGUAUAUCGGUCUCCCCGGCCUGUUUGGCCUGCCAGGAUCCGAUGGAGAACGAGGUGUACCCGGAGUGCCUGGCCAGAGGGGCAAGAUGGGUAGGCCGGGCUUCCCAGGAGACUUCGGGGAAAGAGGACCCCCCGGAACAGAUGGCAACCCCGGUGAACUGGGUGCCCCGGGCCCUCCUGGUGUUCCUGGACUCAUUGGUGACAUGGGAUUGUUGGGGCCAAUUGGGUACCCAGGACCCAAAGGAUUGAAGGGACUGAUGGGAAACUUCGGAGAACAUGGACUGAAAGGUGAUAAGGGUGACCAAGGGCUACCAGGGGUUCCCGGAGAUAUCGGAUUCCAAGGAGACAAGGGUAGCCAGGGCAUGGUGGGGGCACCAGGUGUUCGUGGGAAGCCAGGGCCUCCAGGGAAGUCUGGUGACAAAGGACCCGCUGGGUUUCCUGGACCUCCUGGCCCUGAGGGUUUCCCAGGAGACAUCGGACCCCCGGGUGAAAAUGGCCCAGAAGGCACCAAGGGCAAGCCAGGAGCCCGAGGUUUACCUGGACCAAGAGGACAGUCCGGCCAGGAGGGAGAUGAAGGACCAUCGGGGCCUCCAGGAUCACCUGGCCCAGAGGGCCACCCUGGCCGAAAAGGGUUUCCCGGAAGGCCUGGACCCAACGGCCUGAAGGGGGAGCCAGGAAAUCCAGGCCGACCUGGGAAAGUAGGCGAACAGGGCUUGAUGGGAUUUAUCGGUCUUGUGGGGGAGCCAGGAAUCAUGGGAGAAAAGGGUAACCGAGGGCCCAUGGGACCACCCGGCGUGCCUGGAGUUAAGGGGUCGAUGGGACACCCUGGGACAACAGGCAGAGCUGGAGACCCCGGAGAUCCUGGAAAUUCAGGCCCUCCUGGAGUUCGUGGGUCUCCUGGGAUGAGAGGGGUGAAAGGUCGCCGGGGGGCCCGAGGGCCAGACGGACCGACGGGGGAGCCGGGGUCGCGGGGUGUGAAGGGGCCUCAGGGAGCCCAGGGCAAACAAGGCCUAGCCGGACAGCAGGGCAAGGCAGGAGAUCGAGGAGAGACGGGACCUCGUGGCUUCCCUGGUGUCCAGGGUCCAUCCGGCCCUCCCGGGGCUAAGGGAAUUCCUGGAGAACCGGGCCCCCCAGGACCCCAGGGAUUGGCCGGCCCUUUGGGAGAGAUGGGACAUAAGGGUCCUCCCGGUGCAUUAGGAGAGCCUGGUCCUCCUGGGGAACCAGGGAUGAAGGGUGAUUUUGGACCAUUGGGCAUUCCCGGUGAACAAGGUCUGAUUGGUCAGAGGGGAGAAACGGGACUGGAAGGAGACAGCGGCCCUCCUGGACCUCCUGGAUUGAAGGGAGACAAGGGAGAGCCAGGCCCUGAAGGCGAGAAAGGAGAGAAAGGCAAAGAGGGGCUGAAGGGCAUGGAGGGCCCCCCUGGACUUCCCGGAAUCACAGGUGUCCGUGGUCCCGAAGGCAAACCAGGCAAGCAAGGUGAAAAGGGCCGGACAGGACCAAAGGGCGCCAAGGGGUAUCAAGGGCACCUAGGUGAAACUGGCGCUCCUGGAGGACCUGGGCCAACUGGCACGCAAGGCCUUAAAGGCUCCCGAGGUACCCUGGGACCGACGGGAGCUCCAGGGCGGAUGGGAGCCCAAGGAGAACCAGGAUUGCCCGGUUAUGAUGGACACAAAGGAUUUCUGGGACCCAUCGGCCCCCCAGGCCCCAAAGGCGAGAAGGGUGAACAAGGGGAUGAUGGGAAGACAGAGGGUUCCCCUGGACCUCCUGGAGACAGGGGUCCGGUUGGUGACCGAGGAGACCGUGGAGAGCACGGGGAGCCGGGUUACCCAGGCCAGGAAGGUCUUGAAGGAAGCCGAGGCAAAGCGGGCCAGCAAGGUCUGCCCGGGCACCCUGGACCACCAGGCCAACCAGGACCCAAGGGAUCCAAAGGCGAAGAGGGCCUGAAAGGGAAGCAAGGCAAGCGUGGGGAAGCUGGCAGUCGGGGGAUGCAGGGCCCGGUGGGGCAUCCCGGGCCACGGGGCGUGGUGGGGAGACAAGGCCAAGAAGGGCUCCCCGGACCGGAUGGGAUUCCUGGCAGGGACGGCCGAGUGGGACCGCAGGGGGAACAGGGAGAAGAUGGGGAAGUUGGCAUCACCGGCCCUACUGGGAAGAGAGGGAAUCCCGGUGUGGGCGGCCUGCCCGGAGCUCAGGGACCCCCGGGGUUCAAGGGUGAAAACGGGUUACCCGGGCCACCGGGUCCCACAGGAAAGCGAGGGACAGAGGGAGGAACAGGGCUUCCCGGAAGCCAGGGGGAGCCAGGAUCCAAGGGCCGGCCGGGGGACUUUGGCGAGAUGGGCUUCCCGGGGAUCGCAGGCCUGUUUGGCCCCAAGGGGCCUCCAGGAGAUCUCGGUUUCAAAGGAAUCCAGGGCCCCAGGGGUCCCCCAGGCCUGAUGGGACAGGAAGGUGUCAUCGGCCCACUGGGGAUCCUGGGGCCCACUGGACUCCCGGGCCCCAAAGGGGAUGAGGGGAGUCGAGGUGAAAUGGGACUUCAAGGCCCGAGGGGUCCCCCAGGUCCCCGAGGACGCCCUGGACCCCCGGGCCCUCCAGGGAUUCCUGUUCCAUUUCAACAAGAUGACCUCGGGACAGCUUUCCAGACAUGGCUAGACUCCUCAAACGGUGGCGUGCUCAGGACAGAGGGCUCUUCCCAUUCUGAUCUGCUGGUGUUGGACCAGGGAGGGGAGAUCUUUAAGACCCUACACUACCUCAACAACCUCAUCCAGAGCAUCAAGAAGCCGCUGGGCACUAAGGAGAACCCUGCUCGCAUCUGUCGGGACCUCAUGAACUGUGAGCAGAAGAUGGCUGACGGCAAAUACUGGAUCGACCCCAACCUUGGCUGUUCUUCAGACACCAUCAAAGUGACCUGUAACUUCACCAAAGGGGGUCAGACCUGUCUAAAACCCAUCACUGCCUCAAAGGUGGAUUUUGCCAUCGGCCGUGUCCAGAUGAACUUCCUGCACCUCCUGAGCUCCGAAGUGGUCCAGCACCUGACCAUCCACUGCCUCAAUGUGGCCGUGUGGCAGGAGGGACGAGGCCGGCCGCCCAGCAAAAAGUCUGUGCGCUUCCGGGCCUGGAAUGGCCAGGUCUUUGAAGCUGGGGGCCAGUUCCGGCCAGAGGUCUCUGUGGAUGACUGCAAGGUUCAGGACGGACGCUGGCACCUAACCCGCUUCACGUUCCGGACACAGGACCCCCAGCAACUGCCAAUCGUCGGCAUCUACAACCUGCCUCCCACCCCCCCGGGGAAGCAGUACCGCCUGGAAGUCGGGGGACUGGAAAGAGGAAAGAGAUUGAAGAGAGCAGAAUCAAAAGGAGCCAGUCAUGGGGAUGGCGGGGAGGUGUAGCCAAGCUGAGAGUUCCGAAUGACUCCAGGACCCAACCAGGAUGGGUCACUACCUCCCACUGGGACAAUCCCGGGUGCUGAAAAGUCAUGCAGUUUUGUACAUGCUUCCUUUGGGGGAAAAAAAAUCCCUAUUUAAGGUUCGAAAGGUGCUAUCUGUCUUGCCACAGACUCUGAAGGAACCAUCGGAUAUGGAAGGAAUCUCCCCCAAACAAGAAUAGUUGGGGAUUGUAGUGUUUUCGUGGCCCUCGUGCUCUUUGCCUAACCUACAAGAGGAUAAGAAACACUCGAAGUAAAGCUAUGCCUUUUAAGUGUACACAAGAAGUAUUCGAAAGAUCAAUUUCUCCUCUGGGUUGGGGAUGUCACCAUUUGACAGCCUCUAGGCAGGCUUAGUCCAGAUCAGGGGUAGCGGGGGCAAGGGUGGAGGGAGAGUCAGCCCCUUUGACCUGUCCAGA